AUGGGCCACGCGCUGUGUAUCUGCUCGCCGGGAACUGUCACCAUUGACAAUAAGCGCUACCUCUUCAUCCAGAAACUGGGGGAGGGUGGGUUCAGCUAUGUGGACCUAGUGGAGGGGUUUCAUGAUGGACACUUCUACGCACUGAAGCGAAUCCUGUGUCACGAGCAGCAGGAUGUGGAGGAGGCCCAGCGAGAAGCAGAUAUGCAUCGCCUCUUCAAUCACCCCAACAUCCUUCGCCUCGUGGCUUACUGUCUGAAGGAGCGGGGCACAAAACAUGAGGCCUGGCUGCUACUACCUUACUUGAAGGGAGGUACGCUGUGGAAUGAGAUAGAAAGGCUGAAAGACAAAGGCAACUUCUUGACUGAAGAUGAAAUCCUUCAGCUGUUGCUGGGUAUCUGCAGGGGCCUUGAAGUCAUUCAUGCCCAGGGUUAUGCCCACAGGGAUCUGAAGCCCACCAAUAUCUUACUUGGAGAUGAGGGGCAGCCAGUUUUAAUGGACUUGGGUUCCAUGAAGCAAGCACGCAUCCAAGUGGAGAGCUCCCGCCAAGCUCUGGCCCUGCAGGACUGGGCAGCCCAGCGGUGCACCAUUUCCUACCGGGCCCCGGAGCUUUUCUCUGUGCAGAGCCAAUGUGUCAUCGAUGAGCGGACUGAUGUUUGGUCCCUAGGCUGUGUGCUAUAUGCUAUGAUGUUUGGGGAAGGCCCUUAUGACAUGGUGUUUCAGAAGGGUGACAGUGUGGCCCUGGCUGUACAGAACCAACUCAGCAUCCCACAGAGCCCCAGGCAUUCUUCAGCAUUGCGGCAGCUGCUGGCCUCGAUGAUGACUGUGGACCCCCUGCAGCGCCCUUAUAUUCCAUUCCUCCUCAGUCAGUUGGAGGCUCUGCAACCCCCAGCUCCAGGCCAGCACACUACCCAAAUCUGA